AUGUAACGACGAGCAUAAAAGGAGUAUCGAUUCCGUGGUAUUUUCUUGAAUAGGUGAGUAGUACAAGAUUACGGUCCACGUGGCAGAGUCUAAUUGGCAAGGUCACAAGAACCUCAAAUAACUGAUCUGAUGAGAAAUAUAAAUCCAAAAGAAGGAGAGUGAGGUUCUUCUUCAGAGAUAAGGUGGGUGUCAUAAGCUAAAUUCACUGUGAGUCUCUCAAAAAAACCAAAGGCAGAGAAGCGAAAGAGAUAACAUUAACAAACAAAUGGCAUCAACCUCACUCCUCAAGGCAUCUCCAGUGUUGGACAAAUCGGACUGGGUCAAGGGACAAAGCGUUCUCUUCCGUCAGCCUUCUUCCGCCUCCGUCGUCCUCCGCAACCGCGCCACCUCCCUCACCGUCCGUGCCGCUUCCUCCUACGCCGAUGAGCUUGUUAAGACAGCGGGUUUGGUGCCACUUGUUGGCUCUAACAAUGAGUCAUGGUGCCAAGGACUCGACGGUCUAUCCUCUCGAACCGCUGCUUACUAUCAACAGGGUGCUCGUUUCGCCAAAUGGCGUACUGUCGUGAGCAUUCCCAACGGUCCCUCUGCUCUCGCUGUAAAAGAAGCUGCUUGGGGUCUUGCUCGAUACGCUGCCAUUUCACAGGACAGUGGAUUGGUUCCAAUUGUGGAGCCAGAGAUCUUGUUGGACGGAGAACACGACAUUGACAGGACUUACGAAGUCGCAGAGAAGGUUUGGGCUGAGGUUUUCUUCUACCUUGCUCAGAACAAUGUCAUGUUUGAAGGUAUCCUCCUGAAACCGAGCAUGGUGACUCCCGGAGCUGAGUCUAAAGACAGAGCUACUCCUGAACAAGUUGCCUCCUACACCCUCAAGCUCCUCCGCAACAGAAUCCCUCCCGCCUUCUUGUCCGGAGGACAGUCUGAGUUGGAGGCAACGUUGAACCUGAACGCGAUGAACCAGGCACCAAACCCGUGGCAUGUGUCCUUCUCCUACGCACGCGCUCUGCAGAACACUUGUCUGAAAACAUGGGGAGGCAGAGCCGAGAACGUGAACGCGGCUCAGACCACCCUAUUGGCCCGAGCCAAGGCCAAUUCCUUGGCUCAGCUCGGAAAAUACACCGGAGAAGGUGAGUCCGAAGAGGCUAAGGAGGGUAUGUUCGUCAAAGGCUACACCUAUUGAAGAGAUCAUGAUGCUGUCAAAGGAGAUGAAGCAGAUGUUUUUAUUACAUUUGUUUUUGAGUUUGGUUGUUAUUAUCAUGUCAAAUCAUUUAUUUUCUCUGCUUAAUUUGCACUAGCUACUCCUUUUAAUAAGUUUUAAUAUAUUGAAGUUAUCUAUCUAUCUCCAUCGUUAUGUGUAACAUCUUAUCUAUUUUGGGUUAUGUUAGAUGCUCUCAUGUACACCCUAUUUAUCAUCUCUAUAAAAGAUAGGAAAAGAUAGGAAAAGAAGAAGACAGAAAGGAUAACAUCAUAUUGGGUUAUUCC